UUCCUACCUCCUGCCUUGGAAGGAGACCUCUCAGAGAACUUUCUCCGCCGUUGGUGUCCUGCCACUCACUGUGAGCUCUCGGUGGGUUUUGACACUUCCCAGAGGCCCAGGUGUUGUAUCCUAAUUUGCUGACCCAGAGGCACUUGCCAUUAUGGGAAAUCAACUCGCUGGCAUUGCUCCUUCCCAGAUCCUCUCUGUGGAGAGUUAUUUCUCAGACAUCCAUGACUUUGAAUAUGAUAAGAGCCUGGGAAGCACUCGCUUUUUUAAAGUUGCUCGAGCAAAGCACCGAGAAGGCCUGGUGGUUGUGAAAGUGUUUGCGAUUCAGGACCCCACAUUGCCAUUAACCAGCUACAAACAAGAGCUGGAGGAACUCAAAAUCAGGCUUCACUCUGCACAGAACUGCUUACCGUUCCAGAAAGCUGCAGAGAAAGCGUCUGAGAAAGCAGCCAUGCUGUUCAGGCAGUAUGUGCGAGACAAUCUGUAUGAUCGCAUCAGUACCCGGCCGUUCUUGAACAACAUUGAGAAGCGCUGGAUCGCAUUCCAGAUCCUGACAGCUGUGGACCAAGCCCACAAAUCUGGAGUCCGCCAUGGGGACAUCAAGACUGAGAAUGUGAUGGUUACCAGUUGGAACUGGGUUCUUCUAACUGAUUUUGCCAGUUUUAAACCCACUUAUCUUCCAGAGGACAACCCAGCAGAUUUCAACUAUUUCUUUGACACAUCACGGAGGAGGACUUGCUACAUUGCUCCUGAGCGUUUUGUUGAUGGUGGUAUGUUUGCCACAGAGUUGGAAUAUAUGAGAGAUGUUUCAACUCCACUCGUAGACUUGAAUAGCAAUCAGAGAACAAGAGGAGAGUUGAAGAGAGCAAUGGACAUCUUUUCAGCAGGUAUUUGAGUUGCUGAACUUUUUACAGAAGGUGUACCAUUAUUUGAUCUCUCUCAACUUCUGGCGUAUAGAAAUGGACAUUUUUUCCCUGAACAAGUGCUAAAUAAAAUUGAAGAUCACAGUAUCAGAGAAUUGGUUACUCAGAUGAUUCAUCGUGAGCCUGAUAAACGUUUACAGGCUGAAGAUUACUUAAAGCAGCAGCGUGGCAAUGCCUUCCCUGAAAUAUUUUAUACUUUCCUUCAGCCUUACAUGGCCCAGUUUGCCAAGGAAACUUUUCUCUCUGCAGAUGAGCGUAUUCUGGUUAUACGGAAGGAUUUGGGCAACAUUGUACACAACCUCUGUGGACCUGAUCUGCCCGAAAACGCAGAAGGAGAGCCUAAGGAAAAUGGGCUGGUGAUCUUGGUGUCUGUUAUAACAUCCUGCCUACAGACCCUUAAAUACUGUGAUUCCAAACUUGCUGCUUUGGAACUCAUUCUCCAUUUGGCCCCAAGAUUAAGUGUAGAGAUCCUUUUGGAUCGCAUUACUCCGUAUCUUUUGCAUUUCAGCAAUGACUCUGUUCCUAGAGUGAGGGCUGAAGCCCUGAGGACGUUGACCAAAGUUCUUGCUCUUGUCAAAGAGGUUCCUCGUAAUGACGUCAACAUCUAUCCAGAAUACAUUUUGCCAGGCAUUGCCCACUUAGCCCAAGAUGAUGCUACGAUUGUUAGACUAGCCUAUGCUGAAAACAUAGCUCUGCUAGCAGAAACAGCUCUGAGAUUCCUGGAAUUAGUACAGCUAAAAAAUCUCAACAUGGAAAAUGAUCACAGUGAAGAAAUAGGUGAAGCCACACAUCCGAAUGGGAAUUAUGACACAGAGCUCCAAGCCUUACAUGAAAUGGUCCAGCAGAAAGUUGUGACUUUGCUAAGCGACCCUGAAAACAUUGUGAAGCAGACGUUGAUGGAGACUGGGAUAACUCGGUUGUGUUUCUUCGGGCGGCAGAAGGCCAAUGAUGUGCUGCUGUCCCACAUGAUCACGUUCCUCAAUGACAAGAACGACUGGCACCUGCGCGCGGCUUUCUUCCACAGCAUAGUCGGUAAGCUUUGCCUUAGGUUCUGCAAGACCAAUGGAGUGAUGAAAUGA